CCCUUUCGCCGCCCCUCCAGUCGCCGACAACGUCACGGGGCGCAGGGUGAUGACGUGGCACCCCGACCUUCCCCAUCCAAGAUGGCUGCUGUCAGGAAGGAGAGACGUCGCUGAGGGGUUUGCCUGAGGCGAGGGGUUGAUGUUGGCCUGAAGAAAGAUCCUCAGAGGAUUGUAACAUUCCAGAAGCCCUUUUGGGAAGAACAAGUCUACUUCAAUAAAUGAAGGAGAACAAAGAAAAUUCAAGCCCUUCAGUCACAUCAGCAAACCUGGACCACACAAAACCAUGUUGGUACUGGGAUAAGAAGGACUUGGCGCAUACACCCUCACAACUUGAAGGACUUGAUCCAGCCACUGAGGCCCGGUACCGCCGAGAGGGGGCUCGCUUCAUCUUUGAUGUGGGCACACGUUUGGGGUUACACUAUGACACCUUGGCAACUGGAAUCAUUUAUUUUCAUCGAUUCUAUAUGUUUCAUUCCUUCAAGCAAUUCCCACGAUACGUAACAGGAGCUUGUUGUCUUUUUCUGGCUGGGAAAGUAGAGGAAACGCCAAAAAAAUGUAAAGAUAUCAUCAAAACAGCUCGUAGCUUAUUAAAUGAUGUCCAGUUUGGCCAGUUUGGAGAUGACCCAAAGGAAGAAGUCAUGGUGCUGGAGAGGAUCUUACUGCAGACCAUAAAGUUUGAUUUACAAGUGGAACAUCCAUACCAGUUCCUACUCAGAUAUGCAAAGCAGCUCAAAGGUGAUAAAAACAAAAUUCAAAAGUUGGUUCAAAUGGCAUGGACAUUUGUAAAUGACAGUCUCUGCACCACCCUGUCACUGCAGUGGGAGCCGGAGAUCAUAGCUGUAGCAGUAAUGUAUCUUGCGGGACGUUUGUGCAAAUUUGAAAUACAAGAGUGGACCUCCAAACCCAUGUACAGGAGAUGGUGGGAACAGUUUGUCCAAGAUGUCCCUGUUGAUGUUCUUGAAGACAUCUGCCACCAAAUCCUGGAUCUUUACUCACAAGGGAAACAACAGAUGCCUCACCACACCCCUCACCAGCUGCAGCAGCCCCCAUCUCUUCAGCCUGCACCACAAGCGCCACAAGUGCCACAGUCGCAGCCAUCUCAAGGCUCUGAAGCAGCACAGCCUCAGCAGAAGGAUUCACAGCAGUCGGCCCAGCAGCAGCAGCAGCAACAAGCACAGCAGCCCAAGAAACCGUCCCCACAACCUAGUCCUCCCCGACAGGCUAAGCGCACCGUGGUGGUUUCUCCCAAGGAAGAGAACAAAGCUGCAGAACCACCACCACCACCUAAAAUUCCCAAACUUGAGACCACUCACCCACCAUUGCCUCCAGCACACCCACCUCCAGACCGGAAGCCCCCUCUCGCUCCUGCCUUAGGUGAGGCUGAAGCAACUGGUCCAGUGGAAGCAAGUGACCUCCCCAAAGUCCAGAUUCCUCCUCCAGCCCAUCCGGCACCUGUGCACCAACCCCCACCAUUGCCGCAUCGGCCUCCACCCCCCCCACCCUCCAGCUACAUGCCUGGGAUGUCUACCACCAGCUCCUACAUGUCAGCAGGAGGCUACCAGAGCCUGCAGUCCAUGAUGAAGACCGAGGGCCCCUCCUAUGGCGCCCUGCCCCCAGCCUAUGGCCCACCUGCUCACCUUCCCUACCACCCCCAUGUCCACCCCCCCACCCCACCCCCACCCCCACGCUUGCCUUGAACUCAUGCAGUUCCUCCUCACCCUCCUCCAGGUUUGGGUUUACCACCAGCCAGCUACCCACCUCCAGCUGUUCCCCCUGGGGGACAACCCCCUGUUCCCCCACCCAUCCCCCCACCUGGCAUGCCACCUGUCGGGGGGCUAGGGCGGGCUGCCUGGAUGAGAUAACACAACGCCUUUUCCCCAGUUUUUGUUGUUGUUUUGUUGUUUUGUAAAGUCAAGAGUUUUUCAACCAACUUGAAGAGUAGAUUGGGCGGGUAGCAGCAGGGUACCUUGUAUAUGCCAGAGAGUUACAAUAUGGGAGGGCCGAUCCUGGGAUGAGAGCAGUGCACCCUGGGUAGUAGUACCCUAUGUGGUGUGACCACAUCCAGUCUCAGCUGCCAUCUGUGUCCUGCACUGGGUUACUUAUACUAGUGAAGACGGUAAAUAGCCACAUUGGCUCAGUAAAUAGCUUCAAAAAUGAGUAACUUUCCCUCUAGACAUCAGUGCCUAAUUUUCUGGGGACUCAACUUUUGUAGCUGUGUCCUCCUGUCUGCUGUUGUCUUCCCAUUCAGUGCUUCUCUCUAUGGUCCUAGUAGGUGAGGUGGCCCCGCUUAGCUUGUGACUCUCCAUCCUCUAUUGUCUGGAGGGGCUGCCAUGCUGGGUGGCUAUCCCCUUUUUUCCAGGGAGAAAGGAGGUGUGUAUUUGGAAAGUAAUGUAUGUUUACAUCUCUUUGCAAAGUCUUGUACAUAAAGAUAUAUUUUUUAAGUGUGAAUGUAACUACAUACUGUGAAUUCCAUCUUGGUUACAAAUGAGAAUCCUUCAGUCAGUUACUCAAAUAAAGUCGGUUCUGAAACUGC